CUUUUUGAACAGAGAGAAAACAGAAUGGUGGCUUAGCUCAACGUUCAAUACAGGAUGCAAUCGAUCCAAGUUGGUUCGAAACCAGCAUUCCGGAGAGUGAACGGGUGAGCGGACACAACCUGAAUAAUGCUCUAUUUGGCAGGCACACAUUGCGAGUGGUAAUCAAACGAUUAAACAUUGUACAAGACUGGGUAGCCCUUCGACUGAUAGACGAAAAUUACACAUUUUGGCUCAUCCUGGUUAAGCCGAAAGUGCAACCAACUUCGGGCCUACUGAGUUAUUUCAGGCAAAGCGUGAUGUUUAGUUCAUCGAGUUAUAGAUGGAUCCUGCUUGUCUUAAUGAUGGAGUUGAUUUCCUCAGUACCCACGAUACCAAAGAGACCAAAUACCAAUCAUCCGCCCUCUGGAUGGGAAGAACGAAAUAACCUUAGGCUUGCAAUUCCAACAGAAGAUGCACCGACCCCGCUGUAUGCUCGUCGCAUUUAUGACGAUCCAUACGAAGCUUCGGAAGUGGAAAGAGUGAUGGAACUUGCAAGGGUGCCGGACGAGUACACCACAAUCGUGGACUACGAGGGAGAACCGGACUAUCCCGAUCUAGCUGAGAUUGCCACGGUGAAGGAUAUUGACAGUGACCAGCAUUUGCGUGUCCCUUGGGACGAUUCCGAUAGUUACCUCUCCCGUUUUGGUAAUGUGGACCCAAUUCUGCCUCCUCCAAAUGUUGCAUUUGUUGAAGAUUAAAGUUCGGUAAUUGUAAUGCUUUUUCAAUGAGUUUGUGUUCUACACAAUGAAAUUUCCCUAGCCGAUUUGAUGAUGAAGAUUAACUUAACUGACACUUUGGUGCUGAAUAUUAGUGCCUAGUCUAGAAAA